UUUCUUUCACCUCGGAGAGUAAACAGAUACCCUGCAAGGCUGGAGUUCAGGGGUAUUGGCUGAGCCGGAGACCGCCCCCUUCCCCUCUUCCUUUCUCUUAUUGAGCCCUUUUUUAUUAAGUGAAUGAGGGCCCCCCCUUCGCCUGCAGCUACUGGGACUGCUCACUGGGAGGACUACGUUGGAGUGGAACGACGGCUGCUAGAAUGGGGGCCCCCGUCUGUCCAUGACUGCUCUUGGGCCCUGGUGAUGUCAUUGUGAGAGGGGACACAAUAGCGAGGGGAAGAAAAUGAGUUCCGAGGGGAGCUGCUAAGCCAAAGGUGGACUCACGGGGAGAAGAUCAGCAGCUGUGAGACACAAAGAAUAAACAGCCGGGGGUCCAAGAUGAAUGUAGACAAUGUUAACAAAGGAACUCGCACCAGAUCCAAAGCAAUUCGAGUUAUCCCAUUAGACCUGAUCGAGCAGGAAGUGAGUUUACAAAGUUGCCCCUUGUCACGGAAGCGCAAACUGCAAGAAUCCGAGCAGGAACAUCCCCCCUCCAAAAGGAAAUCCCACCCCCUGAAACUGGCGCUGGACGAAGGAUUCAACGUGGACAGCGACGGCAGCGAGGAGGCAGAAGUGAAAGAGGAGGAUUCUGGGACAGAGGAAUCAGAGGCAAUAAUAGAAGAUAUUGAAGAAGAUACUGAACCCACAGAACCCAAGGAAGAACCCAGCUCCCCGACUGUGGAAGCUGAAAGCACAGCCAAAGUAGAUACUGAGGAGACAGAGACUAAAACUGAAAGCAGCCCUCCAGCUAAAGUCAAUUACAGCAGUUAUCAAGAAAUCAUAGCCAAUUCCCUUCUAAACCUGGGCCAGGUGGCCAAGGAAGCCCUGGUGUCAGAAGGACACCUACAAGAAAGCGAGCUGAAUGAGGAGAAGCCAAGUUCAGUAAAAUCAAAUGAAGAGGAGGUCGAGCAACUUAUGGUGGAAGAGGCAUGUGAGAAAGAGAUCAUCAUCCAGACUGAGGAUGCAGAAGAAGUUAUUGAAGUCACCAGUGAACCAAGCAGUGAAUCUGGCACUGAACCCAGGGAUGAAGUCAACUGCGAGGACACGGGAAAACUGCAAAAGGAUAUGGAGGAUGAAGAGGAAGAAGAAGAAGAAGACGACGAUGAUGAUGUUGAUGAAAUAGAUGACGAUGACUUGGAUGAAGACGAUGAAGAAGAAGAGGAACACUCUAUAGAGAUGGCCAACCAGGAUCUACCCCAUGCUUCUCAGGAUUCCCCUAAACUUCACUGUGAAGGACAGUUCAGUCCUAAGCCUGAAUAUUCCGUGAUUGUGGAGGUCAGGUCAGACGACGACAAAGACGACGACAGUCAUUCACAGAAAUCCGCUGUAACAGACGAGUCUGAGAUGUACGACAUGAUGACUCGAGGCAACUUGGGACUGUUAGAGCAAGCCAUUGCCCUGAAAGCCGAACAAGUCAAAGUCAUCCGUGAGCCCAGCAGGUCCUCCUUGGACAACAUGAAGAACUUUUCCGCUGACGAAAAACAGAACAGACCAAUAGACACCAUGAGGAAAAACUUUUAUGAUGCAGCAAGGCCAGAGAAGAGAGAGAUAAAAUGCCCCACGCCUGGUUGUGAUGGAACAGGACACGUCACAGGAUUAUACCCACAUCACAGGAGUCUUUCCGGAUGCCCCCACAAGGACAGGAUUCCCCCAGAGAUCUUGGCCAUGCACGAGAAUGUGCUGAAGUGUCCAACCCCUGGGUGUACAGGGCAAGGCCAUGUGAACAGCAACCGGAACACACAUAGGAGUUUAUCCGGGUGCCCCAUUGCGGCAGCAGAAAAGUUGGCCAGAUCACACGAGAAACAGCAACAGCCUGGAGACCUCUCCAAAGGCAGCUCAAAUUCAGACAGAAUACUCAGGCCCAUGUGCUUUGUGAAGCAACUGGAAAUCCCCCAAUAUGGCAGCUAUAGACCCAACAUGGCUCCUGCAACCCCCAGGGCCAAUCUGGCCAAGGAACUGGAGAAGUACUCCAAGGUCACCUUCGAUUAUGCAAGUUUCGAUGCUCAGGUUUUCGGCAAACGUUUGAUUGCCCCAAAGAUUCCGUCAAGCGAAACCUCACCCAAAGCCUUUAAAUCCAAACCUUUUCCAAAGGCCUCUUCCCCCAGUCACAGCCCGUCCAGCAGUUACAUUAAAAGCACUUCCUCUUCCUCCUCCUCUGGCUUCGACUAUACCCACGAUGCUGAGGCGGCACACAUGGCUGCCACCGCCAUCUUGAAUCUGUCAACUCGGUGCUGGGAGAUGCCAGAGAAUCUCAGUACCAAGCAGCAGGAUACUCCCGGCAAAUCCAGUGAAAUGAAAGUGGAUGAAAAUGGCACUUUGGACCUGAGCAUGAACAAGCAUCGGAAACGGGAGAGCACCUUCCCCAGCAGCAGCAGUUGCAGCAGUAGCCCCAGCAUGAAAUCCCCCGACCAAUCACGAGGGCAGAACUGUACCAGUGCUACCAGCAGCAACAUGACCUCUCCCCAGUCUAGUCAGACCUCUCGGCAAGACGAUUGGGACGGUCCCAUAGACUACACAAAGCCAAAUCGGCAACGGGAAGAGGAGCCAGAAGAGAUGGAGCCGGCGGCUGCCUCUUUUGCCUCCUCGGAAGCCGAUGAUCAGGAGAUGCAGGAGGAGAGCUACGAAGAGCGCAAAUACCCCGGAGAUGUGACGUUAACAAAUUUCAAAUUGAAAUUCCUCUCCAAGGACAGCAAGAAGGAACUUCUGACCAGAAGCCAGCUCUCCUCCAGCCAGGACUACAGUUCCCACAAUUCCUUGCUGACUACUUACAGCUGCCCAACCCCGGGAUGUGAUGGAAGCGGACACAUCACUGGAAACUAUGCCUCUCACCGCAGCCUUUCUGGUUGCCCUCUUGCUGACAAGAGUCUCAGAAAUCUCAUGGCUGCCCAUUCUGCUGAUCUCAAGUGCCCAACUCCAGGCUGCGAUGGCUCAGGACACAUCACAGGGAAUUAUGCAUCUCAUCGAAGCUUGUCAGGUUGCCCACGUGCCAAGAAAAGCGGACUGAAAAUCACACCUACAAAAGACGACAAGGAUGAUCCAGAGCUCAUGAAGUGCCCGGUGCCAGGCUGUGAUGGUCUUGGUCACAUUAGCGGUAAAUAUGCUUCCCACCGCAGUGCAUCUGGAUGUCCACUCGCUGCCCGUAGGCAGAAAGAAGGAGCUCUCAAUGGAUCUGCUUUCUCAUGGAAAUCCCUAAAGACAGAAGGUCCCACCUGCCCUACCCCAGGCUGUGAUGGAUCUGGUCAUGCCAAUGGAAGCUUCCUUACCCACAGAAGUUUGUCCGGCUGCCCUCGAGCUUCUUUCGCUGGUAAGAAGGGGAAGAUCUCAGGAGAUGAAUUUCUUGGCACAAAGUUCAAGACCAGUGAUGUCUUGGAAAAUGAUGAAGAAAUCAAACAGCUGAACAAGGAGAUAAAUGAGCUCAAUGAAUCCAACUCGGAGAUGGAAGCUGAUAUGGUGAACCUGCAGUCUCAGAUAACAUCGAUGGAAAAGAAUCUAAAGAACAUCGAAGACGAGAAUAAGGUUAUAGAGGAGCAGAAUGACGCCUUGUUUGUGGAACUCUCUGGGCUCAGCCAGGCCUUGAUCCGAAGUCUUACCAACAUCCGCCUUCCACAAAUGGAGCCAAUCAGUGAACAGAAUUUUGAUGCCUAUGUAAAUACCCUGACUGACAUGUAUACAAACCAGGAGUGUUAUCAGAACCCGGAAAACAAAGCCUUGCUGGAGAGUAUCAAACAAGCAGUCAAGGGCAUCAAGGUGUGAACCGAAGGACUCUCGGGGUAGAAUUCAGGUCUGGAAGCCACCAGAUGUGGGAAAAAAACUGAAAGGACCAAAACAUGAAAAAAUAAAGAGACUUUGGCAACUGGGAAACGCUCAUGUUAACUUUUUGCAUAUGAAAUGUGUUUGUCUCAACUUUGAAACUAAGGGAGGUCGCACCUUUCACAUAGAGGACGCCUGGACCAAAAGGAAGGAUUCAACUUGUAACCAGUGGUGGCACCCCAUUGGUCACCUCCGUCCCCUUCUUGGUCUUCUGGGUAAAAAGGAUUGUGAUGGAGUGUAAAGAGAAAUCCUGAGGUUUGACCAUGGACCCAACCCAACAGGACGCCAGUAUGGAAGCUUCAUCUCUGCUCACAUUGUCUGGCUCAUCAUGUUCAGUGCGUUGUUUCUGGGACGGAUCUGACAGAGGAAGGUGGAAAGACAAGUAUUAUACGCGAGAAGAUUCUUUAUUUUUUAAGUUUCACAGGGAAAAAAAAACAAAAACAUUUGACAAGCAGUUUUGCAAUUCCAACUGAAGCGCAAAGGAUUUAAGGUUCUCAGGGAAAGCUUUAGGAAUUCCCAACUGCAAUGUUCAUUUUUUUUCUGUCGAUAAGACCCUUUGUUGGUUGCUAAGGGCGCCGGCGACGUAACAGCCCCCUUGGUAACCCAAAGGGUUUUAACACUGUCAGGUGCAUUUGCUGCCAGAACAAAAUAGUCAUUUCUGAUAGCGGGGGUGGGGGGGGGUUGCGUGUUGGGGGGAGAGCCAGAUCUACGUGCUAUUUUAUUAUACCUUUCAUUGUCCCAUUGCCCAUCUCCUUUGGUUUUUUUCCCCUUCUCUAUGUGCAUUCAUGCAGGUAUAUUAUAAAAUAUACUCACAUUACCAAGCACCCCUUGCCCUAUAGGAAUUGAGCCGUGCCUUGUUGGGUUUAAUUCCCUUUUAGAUUAUUCAUGUCCUGGCAUUAAAGGAUCCCACCGUGGGUUCCAGGGGGGUAGGCUUCCAACCUUUGCGUAGAUUAUAAUCAACUUUCGUCAUCGAAACCUGCUCUUUAUGAAACUCUCAGGACAUGUUAUAAGUAGUAGACAAGAGCUUGCCUGUGCCCUGAGAUAUAAAAAAAUGGAAAAUCAAAUGUUUUCUAAGUAGGGAUUUUUUUUAGACACUUUAACAAUUACUCUAGAAUAAUGGUGGACUUAAUUCUGUUCCUCCUGGGCCUUGACCUUGCUACUUCAACGUUGAACCAUUGUUGGCUACGAGAGUUAAUAUUCCAUCCAUUUAUAGAAAUAUUAGCUAAAAGUAGAUCUGAAGGGGUUAGACAACAUCUCUGAGACUCUGCACUUUAACAUCUUGAGGACCUCCAGAAGGUCUGCUGCUUGUGGAACAUCUAGAAUCAUCCGUAGCAAGACUUGAAGACUUGACUUUCUGGGGGGGAUCCUGGUCUGAUCCCAUUUGGUUACACCCAGUGCAGUCCUUAAUAGGAAGAUGAACUCUUGUGUGUGCCUGAGGGAUACUCUAUGGGAGUUCCACACUGGCACCCAAGUGGCACGGUUGUAAUCAAAUCUAGUUAGGGAAGAUUUUCAAUGAUAGAUCUUGAGGACCUCCAGAAAGUCUGCUGCUUGUGGAACAUCUAGAAUCAUCCAUAGCAAGACUUGAAGACUUGACUUUCUGGGGGGGAUCCUGGUCUGAUCCCAUUUGGUUACACCCGGUGCAGUCCUUAAUAGGAAGAUGAACUCUUGAGUGUGCCUGAGGGAUACUCUAUGGGGGUCACAUUGGCACCUAAUGCACCCAAUCCACCCAAGAGGAACCCAAUGCAUCCAAGGGGAACCCAAGGGGCACCCAAGAGGCACCCAAUGCACCCAAGGGGCACGGUUGUAAUCAAAUCUAGUUAGGGAAGAGAUUCUAUGAUAGAAUGGGCAGGAUUUCCCAUGAAUCUCGGUGGCAGUGUAAAUUCUCCCAUAAAGAGGAGUCUUGGCCGAGGACGCAGCUGUGCUAAUGUACGUUAGGUCCAAAGCAGUGGUGAACGCGACAAUGUCACCGGUAGAAACUGCUGCACUUCAACUUGCUCAGAUUAAUAUACUUAAUUAAUCACAAAUUAAUUAAUUAUUUAAUUUCGUCGAAAUUCUGUUGUAAUUUAUUCAUAAAAAAAAACCCAUAUGUAAACGUGCUAUUUAUUUAAAAGGUUAUGUUAAUUUAUUUCUUUCUUUUGUCGACGAUGAUGAUGAUGAUUAUUGUAAACCGGGGUGGGGGGUUGGGGCGCACCACGCAGUAAUAAAGGGGAGAGAGCGAAAAUAUUUAAAAAAAUAAAAAAAUAAAAAAUAAAAAAAUAAAAACCUUUGACAAUAAAUUAUAUUCCACGGGGAGAAAAAAAAAAAACACUAUCUACAGCUAAUAGUUUUGAUGAAACCUAGUUAUUUUUUAUAUAUUUUGUUAUUUAUUCUUUUAAACACUGGGAAUUUUUUUAGAGAUAUUUUAUAAAGGAGGAGUUUUGAUAUUUUUUUUCCAUUUCAUUUUAUUGUUAAAAGGCGGAAAUUGCAAUUUUUUUUUUUUUUUUUAUGGUUUUGUUUCUUUUAUUGAGUUGUGUAACCCCGUCCAUGCCGGAGGGAAGUGCAGUGAUUCCUUGCUCGCGUCGCUGCAGUUCUCUCCGCUACCAGCGGGGGGCGCUAUGUUCCAGGCACUGACAACAGUAUAAGUAAAUGCUGUAUUUAUUUAUGAAUUAUUUAAGUACAAUGGACUUGUGGACUCGUUGUAUAUUUAUUUUGUCAUGUUUGUGAGUCUGUUCCGUGAUUGUUUACGUGAAGAAAUCCUGUUAAUAUUUAAAAUAAAAAAAAAAUAAAAAUACAAAAAAUAAAGGGUUGCAUUGAAGGCUGAUGUGGACUUGUGCUUGUCCUGUGCUAAAUCUUUCAGAUACUGUGAUUUUGGCCUCAGGGAAAUACUAAGCCAAUCUGGCCACUUGGAAAUAAAGCUUGAGUUCUACUUGUGAA